AUGAAUAAACUCAUUUCUAAACUUCAAUCGGAUCAGAAAGGUCGAGCAUUAGUCGAAGAAUCGCUUCCGAUCGAUAUAUUCCAUCUCACAGCCAUUCCAGAUCAAUCGACGACAAUGCUCAAUGGCAAUUUCGUGCAUUCACAAUUGCUCAUUGAUAUUCUUCUUCGCAUUGAAACCAAUCGAACAGAUAUCAAUCCACUAGUAUCAUUUUGUAAGAAAUUUUACAAAGGUAACAAGUCUCAACUUCGAAAUAUUCAAGAAUUUAAGGACACUUAUUCGGCCAAUCGUGCUCUUUGGUGGUAUACACGCCAGACCUUUUUCCACGGAGUUUUGAACAAAGCUUUGCGCGUACAGAAUAUCGAUUUAUUGUUUCUCUUUCGUCCGUGCAUUCACGAUAUGUAUUGGGCUUUGAAAAAUGAGCAAUGCCAAUCUGUAAUAUGUGUCUAUCGUGGCCAGUUGAUGUCACUGGACGAGGUUAAUCUGCUGAAAAGGUCCAUUGGCGAAUUCAUUUCUGUCAAUUCAUUUUUCUCAACGAGCAGAAAUCGAGCAUUAGCUCAAUUCUACUUAUGCGAAAACACAUCGUCCAACGAGUUCGGGCGAGUACUGUUCGAGAUCAAUGCGGAUCCGCGAGUGGCCUCGAACAAACCGUUGCCC